AAACUUUUUCUUUCCCGCAUAGAACCUCUUCCUCCCCCUUUUUUUUUUCUUUUUUCUUUUAUAUAUUUUUGUUUCUUUGUUCUUCAUUCCUUAUAUAUAAUCAUGGCUAAACCAGGCAUGUUACCUACUGGUAGAAAUGCUCAAUCCAUGAAUAAUAUCUAUUCCAAACCUGGUCCUUCCAUUAGAUCCAUUACUCGAUUGGGUUCAUUAUCAAGUUUACCUACUCCGAGUAGCUCCACCUCAUCUUCGUCCUCAUCCUUAUUGUCCUUUGGAAAGAAACCAUCAAGUAAUAACAAUGCUGCUCAAGCCGGUGUCACUUUGUAUGCAGAUAUUGCCGAAGUACGACAAGCUAUGGAUCUAUUUUUGAAUUCACGUAUUCCGGAAUGUGAACUCAUUUUGAACCCAAAACGUGAUUCUUCCAUGUAUCAUUCUCUUGGUUUUGCUUUUGUCUUAUUCCUUAAAGCCUGUAUGACAUUUCAAAAAGAAGAUAUUGAGGCUGGUUUGGAAGCUAUGAAACAAGCAUAUCAAAUGGCUGACAAGUUUCGAAAACGGGAUAGUUCUUGGAAAAACUUGAGUGCUUGGGUUAAAUCUUAUUCAGUACAAGAUAUCAAAGAUAUGACUCCUUUACAACGCCAUGCAGAAUUGGUUUAUGCAGAAACUUACUUACUCAAAGCCAUGUUACAAAUCAUCUAUGAUGAAAGCUUUGUUGGAUUUUUACGUGAAGGAUUGAAAAUGCGUGCGUCUCAUGGAAUCUACAAGGUACUUGAAAAAUAUAUGCUUCAUGUACAAGAAGAAGCAAGUCUAGGCAAGGAUGUCUUAGAAUAUGGUUUAGAUGAACAUUUCGCUUCUGGUGUUGCCUUUGGUAUGGGAUGUUUCAAUUUAGUUUUAUCCAUGUUACCUCAAAUUGUUUUGAAACUUGCUGAAUUUGUUGGAUUUACAGGUGAUCGAGAUUUAGCCAUGUUUUACUUCCGAUCAGUGGGUGGAUGGGAUGAUGUGGAACAUUUCAGUGAAAACGGCUUACCAGAACUACAAGGACCUGAAGAAGGAAUCCGUCGUCAAUUCUGUGAUAUGAUGCUUCUUCUUUACAAUAUUGUAUUAUCCAAACUGUCCCCUCUUUCUCAUGUGGAUGAACCUCUUGCCGAUCGUGUGCUCAAGUAUAAUUUACAACUUUAUCCUGAUGGUAUCUUCUUCUUAUAUUUUUCUGGACGUCAAUUAUCAGCAAAGAAACAAUUAGAACAAGCCAAGGCUCAAUAUCAUCGCGCCAUCUCCAUGGAAUCAUCUUGGAAACAACUUCAUCAUAUGUGUUAUUGGGAAUUGGGAUUGAUUGCACUCUUACAACAAGAUUGGAAACUGGCUCAUGAUACCUAUCAAUUACUUAACAAUGAAAGUAACUGGUCUAAAGCUGUUUACACCUAUGUCCAAGCUCUAUCUCUCUAUAUGUAUGCUUUGGAAUUGACUCCUGGUGAAAAACGCAAGCAAUUACUGAGCAAGGUCAAUGAAUUGAUGUCCAAGGUGACAAAGGCAAAACAAAAAAUUGCUGGCAAAUCCAUCUUUGUCGAGAAAUUCGUGGCAAGGAAAUCAAGAAAAUUCGAUCUUCAAGGUGGCCGCUUGUUAUUCCCUGAUCUGGAAGUAUUAAAUGCAUUUAGUGCAUUUGAACUAAUGUCGACUGAUUUGGUACGAAAGAAUUUAGGACGUAUCCAAGCAACCCUGACUCGAUUAGAAAGCAACAAAUCAUUCUACGUGUACGAUGAUCUCUGUCUUUGUCACUACCUACGUACCAUGUUGAUCCGUAUGCUUCUUCAAGACCCCACCACGCCUAAGGAAGAACGACAGCGUCUUAAGGAAACACAUCGUAUCUCAAUUCAAGCAGUACUCGACAUGGCGGAAAAAGUACAACUGGAUCAUUACACUUACUAUUUCACUGUCUAUGAAAAGGCAAGAAUGUUGAUGAUGGAUAAUGAAUUGGAUGCUGCUCGCAAGGAAAUUCAAUAUUUGAUACGAUGCUCAGAAAAGAACGAAUUCAACGUGGGUGCUGGUGCUCGAGCCAAGAACAAGUAUUCGUUGGAAAAUUCACUGAUUCUCAAGUGCCAUAACUGUUUGGAAAUGAUCACGGAAAUACAAGAAGGAAGAAAUAAUGAUAUACAGACCAUACAAUUGAAGGAAGAAAAGGAUGACCAGCUGGGUCUGGACAUCACUACUACUACGCAAGAUGAUUCUGAUGAAGAAUUUGAAGACGCAAAAGAAGAUUAAAUUAGAUCUUUAUUUAGUUAGAUAUAGUUUCAAAUAAUAAAACAAUGUUGAAUUUUGAUACUCAUGGUAAGGAGAACGUGG